GAAAGGAACUACAUUCCCCUAUAGGUUCCUUUUGUCCGUCACUCACACUCCAGGGAGGAUCUUGUGCAGUCGAGAAGCCAUCUUAACUGUAGGGGCAGACAUUUGGGAGCGGGCUUCUGAGGAUGAGGACAAGGGUGUACAGAACUCUGGAAUAUUGAGCACGCUCUUACUCAAUAUGUCGGCCUCACACCUCCAAGGCCAUACUGUCCCGGUCUUCCCCCUUGCGUAAGACCGUGGCUAGCAGAGCAAGGCUGAUGCUGUGCGUAGCACCUGCCCAGCACCCAUUCUAGAGAACUCUCUGAGGUUCCUAGAGUGAAGGGAAGGGCUUCCCCUCUCAGAAGAUCAAGUCCCACAGGUGCGGGUGAGCCUUUGUGCCUUCUCAGUGGUACUCUGACGGAGGCAGGAGGCUUCACCUCGCUAGGCCUCGGUUAUCCUGCCUGUAAAGUGGCAUGCGUGGCUACAUUCCCUUCUUACAGAUGGCCAAACUGGCCGCACACCCUAGGGCGGAUGGACGGGGGCGUGGCCUCUCACCCCAAGCUCCACCCCCAGCCCGCUUCCUCACCGUAGCGGGCCGGACCCUGGCGUCCCGCUGUGCGCGGGCAGCCCCCGGCCGCCACGCAAUGUCCGCCGGCUGGUUCCGGCGCCGCUUCCUACCCGGGGGUCCACUUCCAGAGCCGCGGCCACCUGGACCACGCUCCAGUCCGGUGCCCUAUCACCGGCCCCGUUUCCUGCGGGGCUCUGGGUCCAGCCCUGGCGCCAACGACGCUUCGCGCCGCCCGGAUGCCCGGCCAGUGCGCAGCCCAGCACGGGGCCGCACGCUGCCUUGGAACGCUGGCUACGCCGAGAUUAUCAAUGCAGAGAAAUCUGAAUUCAACGAAGACCAGGCUGCUUGUGGGAAGCUGUGCAUCCGGCGAUGUGAGUUUGGGAUCGAGGAAGAUCAGGAGUGGCUGACGGUGUGCCCAGAGGAGUUCCUGACAGGUCACUACUGGGCACUGUUUGAUGGGCAUGGUGGACCUGCCGCAGCUAUUUUAGCUGCCAACACCCUGCACUCUUGCCUCCGCCGACAGCUGGAGGUUGUGGUAGAAGGCAUGAUGGCCGCUCAGCCCCCCAUGCACCUCAGCGGCCGCUGUGUCUGCUCCAGCGACCCACAGUUCGUGGAAGAAAAGGGGAUCCGGGCAGAAGACUUGGUGAUUGGGGCUCUGGAGAACGCCUUCCAGGAAUGUGAUGAUGUGAUCGGGAGAGAGCUGGAGGCCUCAGGCCAGGUGGGUGGCUGUACAGCUCUGGUGGCAGUGUUCCUGCAGGGGAAGCUGUAUGUGGCCAAUGCUGGGGAUAGCAGGGCCAUCUUGGUGCGGAGAGAUGAGAUACGGCUGCUGAGUUCUGAAUUCACUCCAGAAACAGAGCGGCAGCGGAUCCAGCAGCUGGCCUUUACCUACCCCGAGCUUCUGGCUGGUGAGUUCACCCGACUGGAGUUUCCACGGCGGCUGAAGGGGGAUGACUUGGGGCAGAAGGUUCUGUUCAGGGAUCAUCACAUGAGAGGCUGGAGCUACAAACAGGUGGAAAAGACUGAUCUGAAAUACCCACUGAUUCAUGGACAGGGUAGACAGGCUCGGUUACUGGGAACACUGGCUGUCUCCAGAGGGCUGGGAGACCAUCAGCUUAGAGUCCUGGACACCGACAUCCAGCUCAAGCCCUUCCUGCUCUCCAUCCCGCAGGUGACUGUGCUGGAUGUAGACCAGCUGGCAUUGCAGGAGGAUGAUGUGGUUGUCAUGGCAACUGACGGGCUCUGGGAUGUCCUGUCCAAUGAGCAGGUGGCACUGCUUGUGCGGAGCUUCCUCACUGGGAACCGAGAGGACCCACACAGGUUCUCAGAGUUGGCCAAAAUGCUGAUACACAACACACAAGGGAAGGACGGUGGUGCCUCCGGAGAAGGGCAGGUGUCUUACGAUGAUGUCUCCGUGUUCGUGAUUCCUCUGAGCAGCCAGGCCCAAGAGAGCGGUGGCCACUGAGGAUUCAGAUACUGCAUUCUAGAACCCCUUCAGGACCAAUGCAGACUCAGCAUACACCCAUCAUGGCCAAGAGCAGGCUCUGCCUGGCCUGUUCCAAGCCACAGCCCAGCGCUCACCAGGUCCCACCUUCUGCAUGGUAACAUUUCCGCUGGCAGAGGUACUUUAUAGCAUAUGGUUUCUGUGUUGGCCCCUCUGCAGGAUAAAGGGUACUAGGAAGCCCUGGGGAACAAGCAGCUUGUUUGGUUCCAGUCCGUGAAAUCUCUGGUUAUUUAUUUAACCAUUUAUCCAUCCAUCCACACAAGGCACCUUCUUGAAACCACUGAGCAGGCUCACAUUUGCUUAAUUUAAUUAAGAUUAAAGCAAUCUAAAUUUU